GCCCGCUCGGCCCUGAAACUUUUUUAUCUUGAGCAUCGGAAACCCGACCCCUAGUCGGGUUGUCUUUCAUUCGGCUCGGGGGAUUCACGGCCGGUCGGCCCUCUGAGUUCGGUCGGUCGGGUCUCAACGUUGAAUCUUUUGACCUUUGACCUCCACGUAUCGUUGACCUUCCGCCCACGAGGGUCCCCGUCCUUACCACAGGAUCACUAUCAUUUUUAGGCAACUAGAGGUGCACCUAAGAUCUGCUUGUUGCCAACAAGCAUGGGCUAAGGAAAGAAAAUAAGGAUGAAGUCACCAUUUACUCUCAAAUGAAGAAUAGAAGCAUAAGAACAAACACCAUUCAACGUUUCAGCAGGAGAGGGCAAUGGUCAAACAAAAGACUAGGGAUCACCCUCACAACGCAACAAUAAAAUAGACCUUGCAUGAAUAUUUAGCUAACGCAAUCCAAUUUAGCAUUACAGAGCUCAAGGUGAAACACAACCCAACAGACAGAAGAUCCAAGAACUUGUGCUCCAAUAUCUAGUCCUGAAAUUUGAAUGAGCCUCUUCUGCAACCUCCACACUUUAAUGGUUCAUCAGGGCUGAGGGUGGAGAUGUUGAGGGGAGGGAGAUGAAGAUGUUGGCAAGGGCGAUUGCCAUGAUGGCAUUGGUGAAGCUAAAUCUAAAGUGAUGGUUCCUUCACUUUUCUAUCAUAUAGUUUUGGGAAAAUUGAAUAUCAUAUAUAUUAUGAUUUGUAUAUCUAUAAAUAGGUCCCUACCUCUUUAAAUUAGGUUUCUAAUAAGAACAGUUAUAUGUGAUUGUCAUAUGUACAUUUGAUUGCACUAGCCAAAUGGUCUCCUCUUGUUAAUUAACACUUAGUAUUGUGUGGGCUGUAACUCUAUAAACUAACCUAUGCUGGGUGGAAUCUUAUUGCAUUGCUAUGAGAAAUAUAAUGUUUAAUUUGUUAGGAAGUUUUUGGAUAUGUAUAUCCUGUCAAAUCAUUCUUGAACUGUUUUAUGCAAUUUCAUAUUAGUUCGCAUUUGGUUUUGGUACAAAGAUUUGACUGUUCCCUGUUAAACUUGUUAAUUCUUAUCACUCUCACUUCAGUUACCAUGACAUUGUAAAAUUCGUAGCAUAUAUGCAUUCAUCAGCAAUUGUGAUUCAAGAAAGGAGUUGAUCUUUGAAUUUAGCUGCUAAUAUGGCAAAUUCUGAUGGCCAUACUGUCCCAUAUAUCUUUAAUUUAUACUGAGAAUCUGGGAUACUUCUGUUACAUGGAAAGUAAGAACAGUUUGAGGAAAUGAUUUUGCAGUAUGCUAACCUAUAUACUAGCUUUUAUUUAUUUUUUUUGAUAAGUAAAAUUUUUAUAUAGUACUGACAAAGAAUACAAUAAGGGGACUUUAGUAGUGAUUCAUGUACUAGCUUUUAUAUUGAUGCUCUUGUAAAUUGCGAAUAUUUCGUUUAAAAGAAGUCAAUUUGAUAUUUAGGUAGUUUGCAGUUUCUGAGUCUGUUAUUUGGUAACUUGGUCUCUGAAGAUGGUUGGAGUUUUCCUUAUAUUUUAUGGAGCUGUUUUAACCAUGUCAUCUACUUUCACUUUGCACAUCUCCCAGGCAAAGAACACUGAUCCAGCAGAAGGGAGAAAGCCCUUUGUCAUCACUGCCUAAGUGUCCAGUCAAAAGCUUCCAAUCCUGAAUCAUAGAGAAAGCUUUGGAAAUCUAAGUAGAACUAAAGUUGAAUAUGUGAGAUAGACUUGCUCUGUUUCAGUAAUUUGUGAUUUGAAGUCUGUGCAUUAAGGAUUAUCAGGAGCAAUUUCACUGAUCCUAUGGGAAACCUCAAAUCUUGGGACAAUGGAGAUCCAUGUACAUCAAAUUGGACAGGCGUAUUUUGUGCUACAUCAAAUGAUGAAUACCUACAUAUAGAACAACUGCAAUUGUUAAAUUAUAAUUUAUCUGGAGUUCUGGCACCUGAGCUUGGUCUUCUGUCGCAAUUGAAAAUUAUGGAUUUUAUGUGGAAUGCGAUAAGUGGAACUAUCCCAAAGGAGAUAGGCAAUAUUACAUCCUUGAGGCUUCUACUUCUAAGUGGCAACAAGUUAUCUGGCUCUUUACCUGAUGAGAUUGGCAAUCUUCCUAGAUUAAAUAGGUUACAAAUAGACGAGAACCAUAUUUCAGGGCCAAUACCCAAAUCAUUUGCUAAUUUGAGAAAUAUAAGUCAUUUACACAUGAACAACAACUCAUUGAGUGGGCAAAUUCCAUAUGAGCUGUUUACACUGCCAGUCUUAUUACAUCUUCUGGUGGAUAACAAUAAUUUAUCUGGAUUGCUUCCCCCGGAACUUGGAUCGCUGCCAAAUCUGAGAAUCCUUCAGCUUGAUAACAAUAAUUUCAGUGGCAGUUCCAUUCCAGCUUCAUACAGCAAUAUGACAACACUCGUAAAAUUGAGUCUUAGGAACUGCAACUUGCAUGGAAUUAUUCCUGAUUUGAGUAGGAUGCCUCAACUUGGCUAUUUGGAUCUUAGUUGGAACAUGUUGAAUGGAUCCAUACCAUCUAAUCUUGCAAUUUACAUAACAACUAUCGAUCUAUCACACAACUUUCUUAAUGGAACAAUCACUUCAACCUUUAAUGGACUUCAUAGGCUCCAACAGGUGUCCCUCCAGAAUAAUCAACUGGUUGGUUCUGUUCCAUCCUCUAUUUGGCAGAGCAGAGCUUUCAAUCCAAAUGACACAUUAAUCUUGAAUUUCCAGAAUAAUUCUCUUACAAAUAUAACUGCUGCUGACUGUCCUUCAAAUGUCACUGUAUUGUUAUUUGGAAAUCCUCUGUGUAUCAAUGCAAGCCAACUCAAUAUAGUUCAUUUAUGUCAACCAAAGAGUGUCAAUCAAACUUCUGAAGGUCCAACAACAUAUCAAAAUACUUGUCCCCCUUGCCCAGUAGAUGAACAUUAUGAGCGCAACCCAUUAUCUAUGUCAUGCCAAUGCUCCCUACCACUCACAGUUGGAUUUCGGUUGAAAAGCCCAGGAAUAUCAGAUUUUCCACCGUAUAUGAAGGAUUUUGAAUCCCAUCUGACCUCACUUUUGCACCUGCUGUCUCACCAAUUGUACAUUGAGUCAUACAUGUGGGAGAGUGGGCCAAGGCUGAAUAUGAGCUUAAAGUUAUUUCCUAAUAGUUCUAGUCUAUUUAAUAGCAGUGAGGUUGUUCGUCUUGCGGGCACCCUAGCUUCAUGGGAUAUUCACAUUUCAGAUGUUUACGGACCAUAUGAGCUUCUUAGCCUCUCGCGGGGGCCCCGUGAAAGUGAUUCUUCAAAAUCAAGGUUAAGUAAAGGUGCUUUGGCGGGCAUUUUGUUGGGGGCUAUUGUAGGUGCUGCUUCUCUAUCUGUGAUGUUAACAGUUCUCAUCAUGAGGAAACAUCCCAGAUAUUACUCCAUUUCAAGGAAAAAAUCUUCUGUGACAACUCUGAAACUCAACAAUGUAAAAUGCUUCACUUUUGAAGAAAUGGUCCUAGCUACAAGAAAUUUCUGCAAAUCCACUCAAGUAGGCCAAGGAGGGUAUGGAAAGGUAUAUAAAGGAACAUUAGAUGAUGGGAGGCUUGUAGCCAUAAAAAGAGCACUAGAAGGAACUUUACAAGGUUCAAAGGAGUUCUUGACAGAGAUAGAGUUUCUGUCAAGGUUGCAUCACCGUAACUUAGUUUCUUUAGUUGGAUACUGCGAUGAACAAAAUGAACAGAUGCUGGUCUAUGAGUUUAUGUGUAAUGGUACUCUACGUGACCACCUUUCUGAGAAACGAAAUGAAUCUUUGAGUUUCUCGAAGAGGUUGCACAUUGCUCUGGGUUCAGCUAGGGGCAUCCUGUAUCUACAUUGUGAAGCAGAUCCUCCUGUAUUUCAUCGUGAUAUUAAAGCAAGCAACAUACUAUUGGACUCUAAAUUUCAUGCUAAAGUAGCUGAUUUUGGCAUCUCAAGAUUGGCCCCUGUACCGGACAAGGAUGGAAGCAUACCUGGCUAUGUAUCAACUGUUGUAAAGGGCACGCCAGGUUACCUUGAUCCAGAGUAUAUUCUAACUCAUCAGCUGACAGACAAAAGUGACGUGUACAGUCUUGGGGUUGUAUUCCUAGAACUUCUGACUGGGAUGCGACCAAUUUCACAUGGCAAAAACAUUGUAAGAGAGGUUAGAAAUGCUUGUCAAUCGGGAUUGAUGUUCACACUUGUCGACAACCGCAUGGAAUUUUAUUCUUCAGAAUGUGUGGAAAAAUUCAGUUCUUUAGCAAUACAAUGUUGCUCAGAUGAGACUGAUGCAAGGCCAUCAAUAUCGGAGGUUGUGGCUGAGCUAGAGUGCAUACUUCAAAUGUUGGGAGAUGAUAGUUCACAUGAAGCUCCUGCAACAGGUUCAAUUAAGACAGUCUCAAGCUCAUCUUUGUUAUCAGAAAGUUCAGGUACGGAACCUCUUGUCAGCAGCUCAAUCUCUAGCAUUACAGGUCAUUGACACCACCGCAGUUAAUAUCCAUGCAUGUUUAUUUUGCUAUACUCUUCAAAAAAAAAAUCACACCUUUCUUCCAAGUUCAAAUUAGAGAU